ACCCACUUCUCCGACCACUGCGCCCCUUUCCUCUGUCCGCUACCACCACCUUCUCUCCUCCACCUCUGCCACAGAGUUCCGCCGCCAUGACGAAGGCAGACUGCGGCCAGCACGACGACGAGAAGAAGAAGCUCUACCGCCGCAUCAUUUGGGUAGUCCUCAUCUUCCUAGGCCUUGUCCUCCUCACCAUCCUGAUCAUCUACCUCGUCCUCCUCCCAUCGAAGCCGUCCUUCGUGCUCCAGGACGCCUCCGUCGUGCAGAUGAAGGCCACCGGCCCCGGCCUCAUCACCUCCGCCAUUCAGGCGACAAUCGUGGCUCACAACCCCAACAACCGCAUCGGCAUCUUCUACGACCGCAUCGAGACCAACGUCGCCUACCUCAACCAGCAGAUCACCCCGUCGGUGAUGCUCCCUCAGACCUACCAGUCCCCCGACGAGUCCUGCGUCUGGACGCCGCUCAUCUGCGGAACCGACGUGCCCGCCGCCCCGUACGUCAUCGCCUCCAUCCAGCAGGCGCCCAACUACGCCUCCGGCUCGUUCUCCGUCCGCAUCGCAGGCAAGCUCCGGUGGCAGGUCGGCAGCUGGACGUCCAGCCACUACGGCUUCUACGUCCAGUGCGACGCCUACCUCCCCCUCUCCGGCGGUCGGGGGCCCCACAACUUUCUCCCAUCUUACCCCUGCCGCACCGAUGUGUGGUCGCAGCCAUGACAUCUCCCCCUAAAAGUAUAGAAGGUGGUGGAUGAAGGUAAAUGAAGAAUAUAUAGUCUGCUUUUGCUUGUUCCAUGUAAUCUGUAAAACUCUUUCUCACCUUUCAAGUUCUGUUCUAGAACACCAAUGAUUCUUAAUAAAUUUUAUAGGGAAAUUUCUAAUGGUCCUUUGUUUA